UCGGGUGUUUUCUGAUUGGUCCGUUAAACAUCACUUCCUGAGGCAGGGCCCCGUAUGUUUUCAAACGGCGAUCUGUCGCUUUCGCUGCUGCAUGUUCAUCUUACAGCUUCCCAACAAUAAUCAGGCCCACUAUGUCCAGUGAAGACCUUAUUUCAGUGGAUUAUGAAAUUUUUGGCAGAGUGCAGGGUGUCUUUUUCCGGAAAUACACUCAAGCAGAAGGGAAGAAGCUUGGACUGGUUGGAUGGGUCCAAAACACAAGCGCAGGAACUGUUGAGGGGCAGCUACAAGGACCACGCAGCAAGGUGAAAGAAAUGCAAGAAUGGUUGAAAACAACCGGGAGCCCCAAGUCACACAUAGCCAAGGCGGAGUUCAAGAACGAGAAAACAGUUGACAGCCUAGAACAUUCAUCUUUUAACAUAGUAAAAUAAAAUAACCCAUAGAUUGUGCCUGUAAUAUUAACUUAAAAGCAGAUGUGUUAUUUAUUUAGUCUUUUUAUUUGUUGGAAUGGAACUGAUGAGUGAAUGAUGAGUUGAAAAUCUGUGUUUAUGUUAGGUCUCCUUAACAUCUACAAUACACGGAAAUACAUUAAUAAAUUGAAAAUCCCUUUCAACUGUC